AUGACGUCGUCGCCAGAAUGGGAUAAGAUGCUUCGAGGGGAGUGGUAUAAUCCAGGUUGUGAGAUCCUUCAACAGAAUAGAGUCCGUUGCAAGAAGGCCUGUCAAGCGUUUAACACCGCCAGUUAUGCAUCACGCCGAGAGAAGGUCAGGCUUUGGCGGAGCGUGGUUGGUGAUACUCGGCCCCUUCCUCUGCAACUCUCAGAUCCAAAGGCGGAUGAGGCACUGUUCGAUGAAACCGAUCCUUUUGUCGAUGAACCAAUCUCCAUUGACCACGGCUUGAAUUUCAAGGUCGGGAAGGGAAGUUUCUUGAACUUCAAUCUUGUCGUCCUAGAUACAUGUCUGAUCACUGUUGGUGAGAAUGUUCUUUUCGGACCUAAUGUAUCCCUUUAUGGUGCCCUCCAUCCCAUGGAUCCGGCAAAGCGACGUGGACUUAAGGGUCCGGAGAGCGGAAAGGAGAUUCAUAUUGAGGACGAUGUCUGGAUUGGAGGCGGUGCCACAAUUCUGGCCGGAGUUCGAGUAGGGCGAGGCAGUACAGUAGGCGCGGGCUCCGUUGUCACAAAGGACGUUCCACCUUUUUAUUUUGUUGCUGGAAACCCUGCCAGAAUCAUUGCACAGAUAGAGACUACCAUGGAUCCCAGGCAAGACAUCAAACCGGCUUGA